UUGUCGCUUGGAGUGAAUAUACCGGGAAUGGGAUCUUCAGCGAGAACUAAGAAAAACUUUCAAUUUUUCCGUGUUUAUGCCCUCCAGAGACUUCUCUUUAUCUUGCGGGAAUAAUCGUGAGAAAAUAGCGAAUAUUAUAGGAAACCAAUGUGAAGAAUUGUAGUAAAGUUGCGAGUGUAAACAGCUUCCUGAAAAGAAUUACGAAUGGGAUAAAUUUGGUAAACAAGUCAUUGAUUAAAACCAUUUUAAUAUUCGGAACCUUACCCUGGCUAAAUUUGGCAGAUUCAAUUUAGUCAAUUAAUUCAAAAAGAAUUGUUUGAAAAAACUUCCAAUCCUGCGUAAAAGGAUUGGACCAAUGGAACGCACGAUAAAGUGUUGUUAAUUAGGUUAUAAAAAAAAGUUCAGAGGACAAAAAAAUCUAUAUUUAUAUCAAUAUUUAUAAGGGCCACAGUGAGUGAUAUUUUGGAAGUUCAAUAGUUUUCUGAAGGCGUUGCGAGUGUGUAUGGAGAGUGGCGUAGACACCUGUGCGUAUUUGUUGUUGUAUACCAGAGGCGGACAUGGCCAAGUGGUUUAAAGAUUUCCCAACUAGUCUGAAGACAGGAUCCGACAGGAUCCGUUCAGCUUCUGAAUCGGGAACUCAGUCCCGUCCCAAACCUGUUCUGACAGUCGGUACUGGUUCGAAGGGGAGUCUGCGUAAAAAUUCUGGAGCGGACAACGGUGGCGGUGGCGUGGGCUCUCUGCUCCACAGAAGAAAUCGCAAAAAUUCGGCCAUCGAGCUUGGACGGAACCAUUCAAGCACCGGUUCGAUGAAAGACGGGAAGAUUUGGGAAAUUCUGAUCCCUGGAAAAAGUAAGAAGAAUACUAAAAUGGAGGGAUUUGAAGACCAUCGCACUCUGCGGACAACCAGCCUGGCUGACGCAUACAUGAGCAGAAUGAUCAAAGUUAAUGAUCCAAAAUCAAUUACAGGAGGAUCAUCUCCAGACAGUGAGCGGGUAAAGUCAUCAAUCAAAACAGAAACGAUUAUUUUGGAGGAUUAUGCUGACCCUUUUGAUGCAGAGAAAACGAGGGAACAGAGAGAGGCUGAAAGGGAAGGAGAAAAUGAUGGCUACAUGGAGCCCUAUGAUGCCCAGCUCAUUAUAACAGGGAUUCGCAGGCGAGGAUCGAAGGACUUGCUGAAAGUGUGCAUAGUGUUAAACAGAGGAGAAGGCGAGGGGUCUGGACCCCCACAGAUCUAUGAUGUCCCAUAUGAGGAGGUUCUGGAAGGCAUUCCAUUGACCCGGCAUGAAUCCGAUUCCAGACCACCUGCAGAGCAUGAACUGCCUUGGGAGUGGAAGAAGGAGCAGAUUGUUAAAGCACUGUCAGCUCAGUUUGAUAGAGUUGAUCGUAUGUCUAAGGAAGAGUCUGGUCUUCCUAAUGUGAAACAGCAGACCCUGAGACAUAAGAGCUGGACCCCCAAAUCUCUGAAUCCCCCCUCCCCAACUUCCCCAUCAUUGCCCUGCACCACCCCAGACAGUGAGACCCCGAUAGUCGACCCCACUCUGCCCUUGGAACAACAAAGCUGGUAUCAUGGCAGUGUGAGUCGUCAGGAGGCAGAGGCUCAGCUGCAGCACUGUAGGGAGGCCAGCUUUCUGGUGCGAGACAGCGAAUCGGCUACCAGCAAAUACUCCAUUGCACUCAAGACGAGUCAAGGAUGUGUGCACAUCAUCGUCGCACAGACUAAGGAGUGUGGUUACACACUGGAAAAGAGCAGCUGUGUGUUCCCAAGCAUUCCAGAAGUGGUUCACCACUACUGUACACAGCGAUUACCCUUCACUGGGGCAGAACACAUGACCCUACAGCACCCUGUACCAUGCACAAACUAAACAUAUGCACACAUACAUGCUGAACUUACACACAUACAGUGUUUGCGGUUGUCUGGUGCAAAGACAUGGUUUUGCCCUGGUGCCUGCCACUGCCAGCAAACCACAGUUUAAAUAUUAAAAGGGAUAGUUCACUUAAAAAUUUAAAUUCUGUAAUCAUUUAUUCACACUCAUGUAGUUCCAAACCAGUAUGACUUUCUUUCUUCUGUGGAGCACAAAAGGAGAUGUUAGGCAGAGUGACAGCCUCCGUCACCUUUCGCUUUCAUUAUAUGGAAAAAGAUGUUAUCAAAGUGAAUGGGUGACUGAGACUAACAAGCUGCCUUCUUUCGUGGUCAUAUGUGUUUGAACAACAUGAAGGUGAGUAAUUAUUGACAGAAUUUUCAUUUUUGGCUGAACUAUGCCUUAUUUCAUUUUUUCCUACUGUAUGUAUGUAUGUAUGUGUGUGCAUGGGAAUGUGCGUGGGAUUUUCCUUAUUUUAAACCAAAGUGAAACCAAAAAUUUUAAAUCGCAUUUCACACAUGAUGACACCAGAGAGAUAAAGGUAGAAAAUAUAUUUCACCAAUACAAAACAUAAAUUUACAUAAUGUUUAUCUGUUGUUGACUUUUUUUUAUUAAUUUAAAAAGGAAAAAAAAAAAUCUGUUUCUCUUAGUGCCUAUGAUUGCACUAGCCUCAUAAGACUCGCUCAUCAUCGCCCCUUUCUGGCAGCAGUGCCAAACUGCAACUGUAUCACUUAGGCAAUUGAUGUCAAUUUGUUACUUUUCCUAUUGACUUGCCUUAGUUGUCGUCAAGGGACAUGGAUUUAACUGUCUGCAACAACAAUUGUUCAUUUAAGUGGACAAAAUCUCUGUUGCACAGCUCCUGUUUUAAUUUCUAAGGUCCGUAGUAUAGAAUUAGUUUAGAAUUGUAGUUUAAUUAUCAUAUUGUUGUAGAAUAAAAAACAACCUUCAGAACAAAACACUACAGCAAAUUAAUCUGGCUUGUUCAUCAGAAAAGUGAGUUACUGACGUUGAUUAGCUAAUGUUCUUGUCUGUCCGUGAUAAAACUUACCAUUGAUUGGUUUAAGUUUGGUAAAAAGGGAACGUUAAAUGGCUUUACUGUCCAUGCUGUAAUACUUGGAUUCAUGGUGUAAUUAACGUGGCACUGAAUCACUGCAGUGAUUAUAUUUAAAUUUAUGUUUGUUUAAAAGGAACAGUUUCCAUUUAAUUAUGGUGAAAGACCAUGUUCACUGAAGAUUUUGCCUUUGUACAAUGUGAGACAAUGUAAUGUGCAAAGCCUGAAAUAAAGCAGAUGAUUUUAACAAUUUAAAAAAAAAGUUUCUCACUGUCACACAA